AUGGCACCCUCCGCCAUAGCCACCACCCCCACCACAGCUCCUACAGCCUCUCUGUCGACAAAGUAUUCUGAUACCAUUACAUUUUACCUGAACGGCACCCGUGUUGUCCUUGACGAUGUCGACCCAGAGGCCACCCUUCUUGAAUACCUGCGAGGCAUCGGCCUAACUGGCACCAAGCUCGGCUGCUCCGAAGGCGGCUGCGGCGCCUGCACCCUCGUCCUCUCGGGCUUCAACCCAACCACCAAGAAAAUCUACCACGCCUCCAUCAACGCCUGUCUCGCCCCCCUCGUCGCCAUCGACGGCAAACAUGUCAUCACCGUCGAAGGCAUCGGCAACGUCUCCCGCCCACACCCAGCCCAAGAAAGGAUAGCAAAGGGCAAUGGCUCCCAAUGCGGCUUCUGCACCCCGGGGAUCGUCAUGAGCUUAUACUCGAUGCUAAGGAACAAGGCCGACAGCAAAGAAGAGCUCACGGAAGAGGAGAUUGAGGAGGGAUUUGAUGGGAACCUGUGCAGAUGCACGGGGUACCGGUCUAUCCUGAACGCAGCACAGACUUUUGCCACGACAGGGAGGAAGGUAAAAGCAGCGGCAAAUGGGGGCUGUGGCAGGGAAGGGGGCUGCUGUAUGGAAAAUGGCAGUGGGGGUGGGUGUGGGAGAGAGGUGGAUGGUGGAGAGGUAACCAAGAGGUUCACACCGCCAGGGUUGAUCGAGUACAACCCCGACACGGAACUGAUCUUUCCCCCUCAGCUCAAGAAACACGAGCUUAAACCACUCGCGUUUGGAAACAAGCGCAAGAAGUGGUUCAGGCCGGUGACGUUGGAGCAGCUGUUGGAGAUCAAGUCUGUGUUUCCGCAGGCGAAGAUUAUCGGCGGCAGCACGGAGACGCAGAUUGAGAUCAAGUUCAAGGCGGUGCAGUAUCCAGUCAGUGUUUACGUCGCUGAUAUCCCAGAGCUAAGACAGUACGAGUUUAAGGAGGACUCGCUGGAGGUGGGGGCCAACAUUACGCUUACUGACCUGGAGCAUCUCGCGCUGGAAGCACGGGAGAAGUACGGGGAGAAGAGAGGGCAGGUCUUCGAGGCGGUGCACAAGCAGCUCAAGUUCUUUGCUGGGAGGCAGAUCAGGAAUGUUGGCACGCCGGCGGGGAAUCUGGUGACGGCGAGUCCGAUCUCGGAUUUGAAUCCUGUUUUGAUGGCGGCUGAUGCUGUUUUGGUGGCGAAAUCGCUGGGCGAGACGACGGAACUUCCGAUGAAAGAGUUUUUCCAGGGGUACAGAAAGACAAGCUUGCCGGACGAUGCCGUGCUGGUCAGCAUCAAGAUCCCGGUGACGAGGGAAAAAGGCGAGCUUUUCAGGGCGUACAAGCAGGCGAAGAGGAAGGAUGAUGACAUUGCUAUCGUGACGGGUGCGUUGAGGGUGAGGGUGGAUGAGGAUGGGGUUGUGGAGGAGGCGAGGUUGGUGUACGGCGGUAUGGCGCCUAUGACGGUGGCAGCGAAGAGGGCCGGCGAGUUUUUGAAGGGCAAGAAGUUUGCCGAGUUGGAGACGUUGGAGGGCACGAUGACUGCGUUGAGCCAGGACUUUGAUCUGAGCUUUGGGGUUCCCGGUGGUAUGGCGAGUUACAGGAAGUCAUUGGCGUUGGGCUUCUUUUACAGGUUCUAUCAUGAUGCGAUGAAGGAGUUUGCUGAGGGCGAAAGGGAUGAGGAGGCAGUAGAGGAGAUUGAAAGAGAGAUCUCAACUGGCAAAGAGGACGAGGCGGCUGCGGCGGCAUAUGAGCAGGAGAUUGUCGGCAAGUCGAACAACCAUGUUGCUGCGCUGAAGCAGGCAACUGGUGAAGCUCAAUACACAGACGACAUCCCACCAGCGAGAAAUGAGCUGUAUGGCUGCAUGGUCCUCUCGACCAAAGCCCACGCCAAGCUGUUGUCGGUUGACUUUUCGCCCGCGCUCGAUGUUCCAGGCGUGGUGGAUUACAUCGACAAGAACGACAUGCCCAGCUCGGCAGCCAACCAUUGGGGUGCGCCGCACUUUGAGGAGGUCUUUUUUGCCGAGGAUGAGGUGCACACUGCUGGCCAGGUCAUUGGUAUGGUGCUCGCCACAUCUGCUGCUCGCGCUGCCCAGGGUGCUCGCGCUGUCAGGGUCGAGUACGAGGAACUACCUGCCAUCUUCACCAUGGAGGAGGCCAUCGAAAAGGAGAGCUUCUACAAUUUCUUCAGAGAGAUCAAAAAGGGAGAUCCGGAAGGCGCAUUCGAGAAGUGUGACUACACCUUCACCGGUGUUGCCAGGAUGGGCGGCCAAGAGCAUUUCUAUCUCGAAACCAACGCCGCGAUUGCUGUUCCCAAGCCUGAAGAUGGUGAGAUGGAGAUUUGGUCCAGCACCCAGAACCCCAACGAAGCCCAGGUUUACGCCUCCCAAGUUCUUGGUGUCCAGUCCAACAAGGUCGUCGUCAAAGUCAAGCGCAUGGGCGGUGGCUUUGGCGGAAAGGAGUCCAGAUCCGUUCCCCUGAGCUCCUACUGCGCUCUCGCUGCUAAAAAGACCCGCAGGCCAGUUCGUGCCAUGCUCACCCGCGAGGAGGACAUGCUCACCUCGGGCCAGCGCCAUCCCUUCCUCGGCCGGUGGAAGGUAGGCGUCAACAAAGAUGGCAAGAUCCAAGCCCUCGAUCUCGACAUCUUCAACAAUGGUGGUUGGUCUUGGGAUCUCAGCGCUGCUGUCUGUGAGCGCGCCAUGACGCACUCCGACGGCUGCUACCUCAUCCCCAACAUCCACGUCCGCGGCCGCAUCUGCAAGACCAACACCGUCUCCAACACGGCUUUCCGCGGGUUUGGUGGUCCCCAAGGCAUGUUCAUCGCCGAACAGUACAUGUCUGAAGUCGCUGACCGUCUCGGCAUGCCUGCUGAACGGUUCCGCGAGAUCAACAUGUACAAGCCGUUGGAGGAGACUCACUUUAACCAACCAUUGACUGACUGGCACGUUCCUCUGAUGUACAAGCAGCUUCAAGAAGAGUGCGACUAUGCCGCUCGCCGGGAAGCAAUCACCAAAUUCAACGACACACACAAGUGGCGCAAGCGCGGGCUGGCUCUCAUCCCAACAAAGUUCGGUAUCUCCUUCACAGCUCUUUGGUUCAACCAGGCCGGCGCUCUUGUCCACAUUUACCACGAUGGCUCCGUCCUCGUCGCCCACGGUGGCACGGAGAUGGGUCAAGGUCUCCACACCAAGAUGACGCAGAUUGCCGCCCAGGCACUCAACGUUCCGUUCGACUCGGUCUACAUCUCCGAGACGGCCACCAACACCGUCGCCAACGCGUCUGCCACUGCCGCAUCGGCAUCAUCCGACCUGAACGGCUACGCCAUCUACAACGCCUGCCAACAACUCAACACCCGCCUCCAGCCCUACCGUGAAAAGCUCGGGCCCAAGGCAACAAUGAAGGAACUCGCCCACGCCGCCUACUUUGACAGAGUCAACCUCUCGGCCCAGGGCUUCUACAAGACCCCCGAGAUCGGCUACGUCUGGGGCGAGAACAAGGGCAAGAUGUUUUUCUACUUUACCCAAGGCGUCACGGCCGCCGAAGUCGAAAUCGACACUUUGACUGGCUCCUGGACCUGUCUGAGAGCGGACAUCAAAAUGGACGUUGGGCAGUCGAUCAACCCGGCUAUUGACUAUGGUCAGAUCCAGGGGGCGUUCAUCCAGGGUCUGGGGCUCUUUACGAUGGAAGAGUCGCUUUGGUUGAGGAACGGACCGAUGAAGGGGAGCCUUGCUACUCGCGGUCCGGGGAACUACAAAAUUCCUGGCUUCAGGGAUAUACCGCAAGUUUUUAAUGUGAGCUUGCUCAAAGAUGUGGAGUGGAAGGAUUUGAGGACGAUUCAGAGGAGCAGGGGGGUGGGUGAGCCGCCGCUUUUUAUGGGGAGUGCGGUCUUCUUUGCUAUCAGGGAUGCGCUGAAGGCGGCGAGGAGGCAGUAUGGUGUGGAGGCGGGGGUGGGGGUGGAUGAGAAGGGGGAUGGGCUGCUGAGGUUGGAGAGCCCGGCGACGGUGGAGAGGAUUAGGUUGGCUUGUUGUGAUCCUAUUGUUGAGAGGGCCAGGGUGGAGGCGAGGGAGGGGGAGAAGAGUUUUUUUAUUGCUAUUUGA